AUCGCGAGCCAUCACAAUCAGGGUUGCAAAAUCCGAGUACCCGCAUACCCGCCCUGUCAGCAACGGAACAAUACAUAGAUAAAAGCGAAUAAUCUCCGGACCGAACAUGUCCAGCUCGCCCUCCGCUCGCGUCCGGCUUCGCGACCUUAUUCCGGGUCUCAAAGUAGGGGCUUGGCCAACUGGAGCCAAGAACGGCAUCACAGAUGUUACAGGGGUUCUAGUCCAUACAGAAUCUAUUCACAGUACCGAUGGUUCUGUCAAUACUGGUUUGACAACUAUUCUUCCACGCAAGGAGUGGUUCAACAAGGCGUGUUACGCAGGCAUCUUUCGGUACAAUGGCUCUGGAGAAUUGACUGGCAGCCAUUGGAUCGAAGAGACGGGCCUCCUUCAUAGCCCCAUCGUCCUGACAAACAGUUUCGCCGUUGGGAACUGCUACACUGGAAUCUAUCAAUACGCCAUUGAAAAAUACAGUUCAGCUGAUGGAGCAGUUGACUGGUUUCUUUUGCCCGUUGUUGGAGAGACUUACGACGGUUACCUCAACGACCUGACCAAGUUUGCAGUCACGCCGCAACAUGUCGUCAAUGGCAUCAAUGCAGCAUCUGCCGAUCCAGUACCUGAAGGCAACACUGGCGGCGGAACGGGCAUGUUGUGUCAAGGUUUCAAGGGUGGCACGGGAACCUCAAGCCGAGUUGUGCCAGGCUUUGAUGGCCAGGGGAACGACAAGAGCUACACCGUUGCGGCACUGGUACAAGCAAACUACGGCCGAAUGCAUCACCUACAUAUUACUGGCGUUCCUGUAGGAAGGAUCCUCGCCGCACAAGCCGAGAAGAGCAAAGAAGCAGCUAAAGCAAAGGCUGAAUAUGAUGCCGCCAAGGACAAAAGAGACGGUAGCAUCAUCAUCAUCCUCGCUACAGAUGCUCCGCUAAGCCCAAUUCAACUACAACGUCUAGCUAAACGUGCCUCUGGAGGACUCUCUCGUGUCGGCGGAUAUGGUCACAAUAGCAGCGGCGACAUCUUCUUGGCAUUCAGCACGGCCAACGAAAUACCGGUACAAACAGUGGGCUCCAAUCAUAGGACCGUCGAUCCAUUCAAGGCCAAUCCUCUGGCGACAGAGACAAUCGACGAUAGUACCAUCAACGCUCUACUCGAGGCUGCUGCUGACUCCACAGAGGAAGCUAUAUACAACACUCUAUGCAUGGCUGAGAGCCUAACGGGCCAUAAGGGCUAUCACAUGGAUGCAUUGCCACUGGAUAAAGUCAAGAGCAUUUUGGAGAAGCAUAUGGCGUUGGAACAGGCAACCAAAGCAGAUUUGUAACGACAUAUACGAUCUAUAUAGGCGUUAACAAGUAAUGCGAAAAAAAGCUCAGCAUAUUAAGUCUCCU